AUGGCUAAAGAAAAAUAUUUAUUACAUUAUAACUUUAAUAUUAAAGAUUGGGAUUUUAAAGGGUUAAUUGGGAAAGGUGGAUCAUGCAAGGUUCACCGAGCUUUUAAAAAAAAUAGAUAUGUAAAUGGUUUUGAAUUGCAAGAGGAAGAAGAUUGUGCAAUUAAGAUAAUCGAUGAGAAAAAUCACAAAAUUGCUAAAAAAGAAAUAGAUUUAAUAAGAUUAUUAUUUAGUAUUCCUCACGAAAAUAUUAUUAAAUUUUAUGGAUAUGGGUAUGGGAAAUAUGAUGAAAAUAAAAGUUUAUUUAUAUAUAUGGAGUAUAUGAAGGACUAUGACAAAUUAAGUAAACAUAUUGCCAACUUUAAAUACAUUAAAAAAAAUAUAAUUAUAAUCAUACAUCAAAUUUUAUUAGCAUUGGAUUUUCUUCACACAAAUAAUAUAGUUCAUAGAGAUAUCAAAUGUGAUAAUAUUUUAUAUAACCCAAAAAACAAUAAAAUAAAGUUAAUAGAUUUCGGAGUAUCAAAAUUAUACGAUUCAAACAACAGAGAUACACCAACAAUUGUUGGAACACCAUCACACAUGGCACCAGAAACUAUACUUGGAAAGGGGCCUUUAAAUGUUAAAGUUGAUAUCUAUAGUUUUGGUUGCACAUUACUAGAAAUGAUUACAGGAGAAGCCACUUCAAAUAGCAAAUCUCUGAAAAUAGAUAAAGACUUUGAAGAGAUUAUUAAUAAAUGCAAAAGAGAGCUUCCAGAUCAAAGACCAAGCGCAAAGGAAUUGUUAGAUUUUCCAAUUUUUAAAACAUUUUAUUCAAAAAUUUCAAUUUUAAAAAAAAAAGAAGAAAACAUUCAAGAUGUUGACGAAUCAAAAAAAAUUAAAAUUGAAAUACCAGAUUUCAACAAAUCUUUAAAAUCCCUUUCAAUGCCUAGUUCAGUAACAUCACUUUCACUGCCAUUAUUUAACGAAUACAUUGCACCUAAAACAAUACCAUUAUCUGUUACUGAGCUCAAAUUGGCAUCAUUUAAUCGACCCAUUGUAAGUGGAUCGAUUCCAACAUCAGUUAAAAAUCUCGUAUUACCAUCAUUUAAUCAAACCAUUUCACAUAAUUCAAUUCCAUCAUCAGUAACUCAACUCACAUUGGAGGUUUUCUUACCUGUCCCAUCUUUUAAAGAUCUAUAUGUAUAUUUUAAUGUUAUUUACAUAAUGGCCGUACUUCUAAAUUCAAUAAAUAGCUCAGUUACACCCAUAUUAAUUCCUUCCUCAGUCAAGUCCCUCACACUUAAUACUUUUAAUCGAACCCUUAGUAGAACUUUAGUGCCAUCAUCAGUAACAUCUCUUUCUCUGCCAUCAUUUGAUAAAAAUAUUAAAAAAAAUACAAUUCCAUCCUCAGUAACAUCACUUUCACUCGAUUCAUUUAACAAACAAAUUAGCCAAAAAUCAAUACCAAAUUCAGUAACCAAUCUAAGACUUAAAUCAUUUGAUCUGCAACUUGAACCUCAUUACAUUCCUUCCUCUAUAUCAUCAAUUACACUCGAUUCAUUUAAUAAAACAAUUUCCCAUGAUUCAAUUCCCAAAUCAGUAAAAGAAUUAAUAUUUCCAAACUUUAAUCAAGCAAUAUCAGAUACAUCAUUUCCCUCUUCUAUUCAAAUCCUUUCUUUAUCCUCAUUUAACCAUCCUAUUCAACCCUUUUCAAUCCCAAAAUCAGUAACCUCACUUACUUUAGUUUCUUAUAAUCACCCUAUUAUACAAAAUACAAUUCCAAAAACAGUUAGAUUACUUUCAUUAAAAUCAUAUAAUCAAAAUAUUGAACCAAAUGUAUUACCAUCCUCUAUAACUCAUCUAAUAUUACCUACAUAUAACCAACCUUUACAACACAACUCAAUACCUCCUUUAGUAAAAAAGCUCAUAUUAUCUUCAUAUAAUCACGAAUUAUAUUCAAUUACCCAAAAUGAUAUUAAUUGUAAAGAGGAUGCAGAAAUGAAGUCAAAUUUUAUUCCAGAUUUUGUAGAAUAUCUAGAUCUCAAUUCAUAUAACUAUCCAAUACCAAACUCUGUAAUUCCAGAUUCGGUCAAAGAGUUAUUUUUAAAAUCCUUCAAUCAUCCAUUAAAUGAUAAGUCACUUCCUUCAUCAGUUUCAAAAAUGGUUUUAGGUGAAAAUUUUGAAUAUGUAAAUGGGGAUAACCUUAAUGCCACUAUUUAUGACUUUACUUGGAGUUUAAAUUUUACAAAAACUUUUAAAAAAAACAACUAUUUACCUAAAGAAGCAACAAUUUUGGUCCUGGAUAACUUUAAUCAAAAAAUAAUUAAAGAUACUUUUCCAAAAAAAGUUCAUACUUUGACAUUGGGUUCAAAUUUUAAAGACUUUGAAACACUUAAAUAUUUACCAGAAUCAGUUAAGAAUCUUACUUUUGGAGUAGAAAAAGCUUUAUCAGAUGAAGAAAAAAAGAAUAUUCCCGAAAGAAUUUUAAAAACGAAAAUAAAUAUUAAUAAUAAUUUAAAAAAAUAA